AUGGGUGUUCAAUGCAGUGGACGUCCAACUGGAAGAGGCUCCGCCGUUUUUCACAAAAUAGUUCCCGAUGAGGAUUUAGUAUUCCACAAAAUCGCUGACAUCAAUGAACUCAUUGAUGAGAACAUGUGUGCGCAUGAAAACUAUUUCGUGCCGAUCGAGAUUGAAAACAAAAAAGAGCUGCCAGUAGCCGGCGCCCGCUUCAUUUUCACUGUUCUCGUUGGAGAAUCUAACUGCCGGAAACAGGGUAACGACAUUAACGAGUUGAAGAAGGAAGACUGCAUAUAUGUAGAAGGAAGUCCGAAAGCCCGUGUUACUUUGGACCUUUGGCACCGCCCAUGGCUCAAAUCUCCAAAUAAUGAAAUUCUGACGAGCAAAAGUUUCGUUAGUGUGGAAGGAGAAGACAUUAAUUGCAAGGAAUAA